AAAAAAAAAAAAAAACUAACUCGUUACUGUUCUGCAAUGGCGAAAACCCUAGACAAAUCGAAGAAGCGCAAAUUCGUCAAAUCCGAGAACAAAAACAAGAAGCAGAAGACCAACCAACCCGAAUCCUCAACGACGCCGUACUCAACUUCCAGCUCAAGCUCCGACUCCAGCGACUCCGAAUCGGAGCAAGAAUUCGACCCGGAAGAGCUCCGGGAGCUUCUCCAGCCCUACUCCAAGGACCAGCUCGUCGACCUCCUCUGCUCCUCUCCCCGGAUCGGAUCCUCCAUCUACUCCGCCGUCCUCGAAGCCGCCGACCGCGACGUCACCCACCGGAAAAUCUUCGUCUACGGCCUCCCCUGGGAGACCACUCGCGAGACUCUCUCCGGAGUCUUCGAAGGCUACGGAGAGAUCGAGGAGUGCACCGUCGUCAUAGACAAGAACACUGGCAAAGCCAAAGGCUUCGGUUUCGUCACGUUCAAGUCGAGGAGAGGGGCCAGAGAGGCGCUCAAGGUGCCCAAGAAGAGGAUUCUCAAUAGAACCGCGACGUGCCAGCUGGCUGCGAUGGGCCCUGCUGGGUCGGGGAAGGGGCAGGACCAGGCUGGUCCGGUGAAGAUUAGUUUGGGACAGCCUCAGCAACAGCAGCAGGUGUUUAACGGUGGUGGAAUGGCUGCGUCGCCGUUUAUGAUUGGGAACCAGUACCAUCCGGUUUAUGGAGGUGGGAUGAUGGCGAAUCCAGCUUUAGCGGCGGCGGCGGCGGCUGGUGGAGGAGGCUACAUGUAUCCGAUGUUGGCUAGUGCGUUGGGUCAGAUGGGUGGGAUUGGUGAUCCGGGAGCACUCGGGCCUUACUUUAGAGGAGGUCAGAGUCUUCCUAGUGCUUAUUCUGAUUCGGACACUGGGAGAAAAGGGAAUGGUAAAGAUUCAGAAGCUGGUGGUGGUUCGUUUCAGGGCUACUCAAACUAUUAAUGAUGAUGUGAGCUGAGCAUGAGAAUGAUAAACCAUGCGGGUUCUGUGAUUUCUAUUUUACAUCGUCUUUCUCCCAUCUUCGUUUCUUCUGUUUCCCUUUGUCUUUAUUGAUAUUUGUACCAAGUCAGUAUUCUCUUUUUAGUCUUUUUUUUUUUUGUAUGUUUUGGUUUUAUUUUUCCAUUUACUUUCACUUUUGUCGCAUGCAGUUUGAUAAACAGUCUGUCUGUUACUCAUCUAAUUUUUCUAUAAAGCCGUUUUGUGUAUGUUCCUGAGGA